AUACUUCAUGCAUUAAAACCUGCAAGACAAGCGGGAGUUGGGAAGCAUUUAAGCAGAUAAAAAAAAAUAUUCCUAUUAUUUAAAAGAACACACCUGAUGACGCUAUUGUAGUAGUAAGAAUCAUAAAAAAAAAGAAUAAUAAUAAUAAUAAUACCCGGAGGAGUGAGUAAUGUCGUUGUACUUGGCCACAGAACACAUUGGAUAAAGUAGUUAAGCUAGGUGUAAUCUAGUGUUUGAAGGGCAAAGUAGCGAGUUAUGUCCAGACAAGGUAAUCAUAUAGAUAGAAGACGAGACGGAGGAUGGGGAUGGAUGAUCGUUUUAGGUGCAUUUUUAGUUAAUUUUACAAUGUUAGGCCUUUUGAGAUCGGGUGGAAUUAUAUACGUGGCUCUUGUCGAUUUUUUUGGUAUAAGUAGAAGAGAAGCAUCGUGGCCCUUUACUUUAUCGGGAGCUCUCAUGUUUAUAACAGGACCCGUCGCUGCUUUCCUAAGUAAUUACUUCAGCAUAAGAAAGAUUGUAAUUUUUGGUGUCACCGUUGCUUCUUUAGGGGUAACGUUCUGUUAUUUUGCCACGGAUAUCCUCACCAUUAUUGUCUUAUUUGGUAUAGUUCAAGGUUUAGGUAUAGGUUUAAUGUUCACCCUGAAUCCGGUCAUACUAAACCAGUAUUUUACAAAAAGAAAAGCUACAGCAAUGGGAAUUGCUUACGCGGGAGCAUCAUUAGGUUCCUUUGCUCUACCUCCAGCUGCAGAAAUUCUCAUUGAUUAUUACGGUCUUCACGGAUGUUUCCUAAUUUUGGGAGGUUUAUCUCUUAAUGCCAUCGUAGGAGCAAGCUUAUACAGAGCUCCUAAAUUUAGUAUCACAGAAAAACUUAAGGCAUUGACCUCUCAGAAUCACAAGGAAGAAGAACAACACGAAGAGAAGGUGAAGAGUAUUGUUCCUGUUGAUGCCCUCUUCGUUAGUAACAAUAGAAAGAUUAACGAAGACUCCACGAAAGAAGAGAAUUCUUUAAUGAUCGAAAAUAACGAAAUUAAUGGAAAAUUAUCUCAACAUAAUAACAAUUCUAUAGUUUUGAAUGACAAUAUUGUAAGGAAAAUGAGUGUGGAUGCUAAACACGGUGUAACUAAAAAUGCUAAAUUAAUAGCAGAAACUAUAAGCCAUCCCCUAUUUAUCAUCUUAUGCAUGACCAUGACCAUUUACUUUUUAUCUUCUCACACUUUUCUAAUGGUAAUUGUCGAUUAUUCCGUCGAUAGAGGUAUAACAGAUAACGAUUCCGUUUAUCUGGUACCCAUUUAUUCGAUUACAGAUCUAUUUGGAAGAUUGACCAUCGGUUGGUUUUCCGAUUCUUCUAAGAUAUCGAGAAGACAUGUUGUUUUGUUCGCCACCAUAGGACUCGGAAUUUCAAUGGAAGCCAUAGUAUUCACAUGGAAUUACAUAUGGAUGGCCGUGGUAUCGGCAUUCUUGGGUCUGUUUUCGGGUUGUCUAAUGAUCAACUAUCCACCGUUAAUGGCAGAAAUCUUAGGUAUCGACAAACUUGCCACUGCUAUCGGGUUUGCCGGAUUGAUGAUCGGAUGUGUUAGUUUCACGCGACCUUUCUUAAUUGGAUAUUUUCGAGAUACUUUUGGAGUGUACGAUAAUAUGUUUCAUUUUUUCGCAAAUUUGGUUUUUUAUUUAGGUUUAGGUAUAGGUUUAAUGUUCACCCUGAAUCCGGUCAUACUAAACCAGUAUUUUACAAAAAGAAAAGCUACAGCAAUGGGAAUUGCUUACGCGGGAGCAUCAUUAGGUUCCUUUGCUCUACCUCCAGCUGCAGAAAUUCUCAUUGAUUAUUACGGUCUUCACGGAUGUUUCCUAAUUUUGGGAGGUUUAUCUCUUAAUGCCAUCGUAGGAGCAAGCUUAUACAGAGCUCCUAAAUUUAGUAUCACAGAAAAACUUAAGGCAUUGACCUCUCAGAAUCACAAGGAAGAAGAACAACACGAAGAGAAGGUGAAGAGUAUUGUUCCUGUUGAUGCCCUCUUCGUUAGUAACAAUAGAAAGAUUAACGAAGACUCCACGAAAGAAGAGAAUUCUUUAAUGAUCGAAAAUAACGAAAUUAAUGGAAAAUUAUCUCAACAUAAUAACAAUUCUAUAGUUUUGAAUGACAAUAUUGUAAGGAAAAUGAGUGUGGAUGCUAAACACGGUGUAACUAAAAAUGCUAAAUUAAUAGCAGAAACUAUAAGCCAUCCCCUAUUUAUCAUCUUAUGCAUGACCAUGACCAUUUACUUUUUAUCUUCUCACACUUUUCUAAUGGUAAUUGUCGAUUAUUCCGUCGAUAGAGGUAUAACAGAUAACGAUUCCGUUUAUCUGGUACCCAUUUAUUCGAUUACAGAUCUAUUUGGAAGAUUGACCAUCGGUUGGUUUUCCGAUUCUUCUAAGAUAUCGAGAAGACAUGUUGUUUUGUUCGCCACCAUAGGACUCGGAAUUUCAAUGGAAGCCAUAGUAUUCACAUGGAAUUACAUAUGGAUGGCCGUGGUAUCGGCAUUCUUGGGUCUGUUUUCGGGUUGUCUAAUGAUCAACUAUCCACCGUUAAUGGCAGAAAUCUUAGGUAUCGACAAACUUGCCACUGCUAUCGGGUUUGCCGGAUUGAUGAUCGGAUGUGUUAGUUUCACGCGACCUUUCUUAAUUGGAUAUUUUCGAGAUACUUUUGGAGUGUACGAUAAUAUGUUUCAUUUUUUCGCAUCAAUUCACUUUCUCUGUUCGUUAUUAUGGAUAUUACAACCCGGAACGAAAUAUAUUUUCAAGAAAUUGUCUAAGAAAACAAUUUCGAAUAAUAAAAUCGAAAUUAAAUUUUAA